AUGGAGAAGAGCGAGAUGUGGUUGCUAUGCGCGGCGCUGGCCGUCUCGGUGAUCUUCUACCUCACCACCGUCGUGAGUCGACGCCGCGACGGCGGCAGGCGCUUGCCGCCUGGCCCGACGCCGCUCCCGAUCGUCGGCAACCUGCUCAGCCUCGGUGGCAUCUUCCACCAGACGCUCGCCGGCCUGGCGCGCGUCCAUGGCCCCGUCAUGACGCUGAAGCUGGGCCUCACCACCGCCGUGGUCGUGUCCUCGAGGGACGCCGCGAGGGUCGCCUACGAGAAGCACGACCAGCGCCACGCCGCGCGCGCGGUCCCGGACGCCUUCCGGGGGAACGGCUACACCGAGCGGUCGGUCCUGUUCUCGCCGAGCUCCGACCCGCAGUGGAAGCACCUGCGGGGCAUCAACGCCACGCACAUCUUCUCCCCCAAGAGCCUCGCGGCGGUGCACGCCAUCCGCGAGCGCAAGGUGAGGGAGAUCGUGGCCUACUUCCGCGCGCACGCGGGGGAGGAGAUGGUCUUCGGCGACGUGCUGCACAACGGCAUUCUCAACCUCAUGUCGAGCUGCUUCUUCUCCGUGGACAUGGCCGACGUGGGCUCCGAGUCGGCGCUGGGGCUACAGCAUCUGAUUGAGGGCAUCGUCGAGUUGGUCUCCAAGCCCAACGUCUCGGACUUCUUCCCCUUCCUUCGGCAGCUUGACUUGCAGGGCUUGCGCCGCCAAACGGGGAGGUCUCUCGACAGGGCCUUCAGCAUCUUGGACGGCAUCAUCGAACGCCGGUUGGACGACAGCCGUGACAACCCGGCCGGCAAGCAGGGAGACUUCCUCGAUGCACUCAUCGAGCUCUUCGACGCCGGCAAGCUUCAACGGUACCAUCUCACUUACCUGCUCUUCGACGUCUUCGCCGCCGGGGCCGACACGAUGUCGCUCACCUUGACCUGGGUGAUGGCCGAGCUGCUCCACAACCCGAGCGUGAUGGCCAAGGCGCGCGCGGAGCUGAUGGACGUGCUCGGAAGCAAGGAAGCCGUGGAGGAGCCCGACACGGCCAGGCUGCCGUACCUCCUGGCCGUGGUGAAGGAGGCGAUGCGGUUGCACCCCGUGGGCCCGCUGCUGCUGCCGCACUGCGCCGUGGAGGAAGGUAUGGAGAUCGACGGCUACGCCGUGCCCAGGGGCUCGUCGGUGAUCUUCAACGUGUGGGCGAUCAUGCGCGACCCGGCGGUCUGGGAGAGGCCCGACGAGUUCGUGCCCGAGCGCUUCCUGGAGAGGUCUCCGCUGCUGGACUUCCGCAGGAAGGAGUACGACUUCCUCCCGUUCGGCUCCGGCAGGAGGCGGUGCCCGGGGAUACCGUUGGCGGAGCGCGUUGUCCCGUUCGUGCUGGCAUCCCUUCUGCGCGAGUUCGAGUGGCGGCUCCCCGACGGCAUGUCGCCGGAGGAGAUGGACAUGACCGAGAGAUUUUCCUCCGCCAACAUGCUCGCCACACCUUUGAGGACCGUGCCAAUCAUCGUACGCUAGUUUUCGUUUGUUUUGAGACUAGCUUUGCCACGUAUCUAUACCUCCUAUACAAUUCUUUCCCACUACUAUAAAGCUCAGCAUAUACACAUGCUAUAUCAUCACCCAUUAGCAACCAUUAUAUUUAAAGUCCAUACAAACAUACUAUUAUAUUUAAAGUCUAUGUAAUCAUGCUAUAGCACAUAUAAUUUAUUAUA